CUGUACUAGCCGACACUUCUACGACCAACACCUGACAAGACAAAUGAUAAACAAGCAUUGGGACAAAUUCUUUUUUCCCAAACCAAAGUGAAUAUUGGUCAGCGGAGGCACGCUAACGUCCCCGCAGUCCAUAUGCGAUACAAGGCAUGGCAGAGAGACAGGACAAUGAGGUGGAGGAGGCUGACCAGAUCUACCUGCUGAUGAAGGAGGAGUAUCGGAUCUCUAGGAAUGUGCGUCUGGCAUGGUUCCUUGGCAAACUUAACCAAGUCAUCUGGCCAGCUUCAAAGCCUGAACUGCUGAACUCCGAGAAUGAAUUGGACUUGCUGAGUAUCUUACCUAAAGGAUGGCAGACGGACUUCUCCCCCACCAUGUACCCCUACAUGUUGGUGCCGUCCACUCGAGCCACCUUCCUGGCCCGGAGGUACCGCUUCAUCAUUGAGCUGGACCUCAGCCCCUCCACAGGCAUCGUGGACGACAGCACAGGAGAGAUGAUCUUUGACGAGGUCUUUCAUGCCUUGUCGAGGUGUCUGACUGGUCUGGCACAACCAUUCAAAGUCCCCGGAACUGAUCAACUUUUCAAGCCCAAGAUUUUCAUCACCAUCUUGGCGUAUUCGUCAAUUAUUGGCCUCGCCUCCCAUCAGGUUUUGGUACAGGGCUGUCGGCUUGAUAGAACAAACCUCGAUGAGUUCCGGCAUCACAUCUACCAGCAGCUCAGAGCAGUGGAGAGCAACAUCGCAGAAGUCUUACAUCAGCAGCAUGAACAGUGUAUGGAGCCAGUCCGAAGCUCAAGUCCCCAUAGCAACAUCCAGGAUGAGCAGCCCCACAGGAAGCAAGGCAUUUCAAUGGUGUCCGCUGAUAUGGGUCUGGUCAGCAUGGUACGUCAGGGCAUCCUUGCCCUCCAGUUGCUGCCCCCAAACUCCAGUGCAGGUAUCAUUAUAAUCACAGACGGAGUGACCAGUGUUCCUGAUGUGGCCGUGUGUGAAACGCUGCUGAACCAGCUCAGGAGUGGAACCAUCGCCUGCUCCUUUGUGCAGGUUGGCGGUGCGUACUCCUACGACUGCAGCUUUGGCUACAUCCCCAACGUAGAGCUGAUGAAGUUCAUCUCUUUAGCCACCUUUGGCUCAUACCUGCCCAGCUGUCCUGAUGUGGACCCGAAAUGCCAGGAGAUGAACACCUACCACAAGGCCUUCCUAACCUACUCCUUCCUCAACACCCUGGAGUCUAUGAACUCCGAGUACUUCUGUGUUUCCCAGCACAAACUGUUCAACGAGCACCUGGUUUCAGCCAGCGGUAACCCGGCCCUGGUCAUGAGGAGGAAGAAGCACACCGAGAAGGAGGUCCACGCUCAUUUGAUCAGCGUGGUGUCCGUGCGACUGAGAGAGGGCUACACCAUCCGAGAGGUCAGCCUCACCAAAGGUGGGACUCAGCUGGAGGUGAAGCUUGUGCUGUUAUGGAAACACAACAUGCACAUCGAGUACCUGGCGGCCGCCUCCUGGCCGCUGGACCCCGCCAAGAGAAUCACCCGGGUGGAGGUGACGAUGGAGGGAAGCUACGACAUCCUGCACGACAUCAGCUGCACCCAGAGGAAACCCAUCACCAGCCCGUACCGCACGUCCGUCAUCCGCCGCUUCUGGAACACGCUGCAGAGCAUCAACCAGACUGAUCAGAUGUUGGUGCACCUCCAAUCGUUUAAUUCAAUUCCUGAGAACUACAUGAUUCCCGAGAGCACCAAAAACGGAGUUCCUCUGUUCUACAUCCCUCCCGGCUCUACUACUCCGGUCCUGUCCUUGCAGCACAGUGGAUCCAAAGACUCCUCUCAAUCCCAGUUUGCUUCCUAUUGGAAGCCCAUCCUCUCCAUGGAUGCCACCUUCUGGCAGAGAUGGCUGCACAUGCAUCGCAUUGCUAUCAUCCUUGAACAUGACAUGCCUGUCCCCAAACACCUGCACACAGCUGGAAACAACGGACGCUACAGCACCAUUCAGUGUCGCAUCUCCCACUCUGCCCUCACGUCACUGCUGAGGGACUGGAGCAGCUUCGUGCUGGUGGAGGGUUACUCCUAUGUUAAACUCAUAUACAGUUCGUCGGACCAGCCUCCUACCUCCUUCUACCUGGUCCGUCUCAUCUCCAAGACACCUUGCAUGGUUCUGCGUCUGGGCUUCCCUAUUGGUACACCAGCCCAUGUUCGAAACAAGAUUGUAGAUGAGCUGCGAGAGCAGAUCCUCAAACUGCGCUUCCCUCAUCGUGUUCAGAACAAAGAGGCAACUCCCAAGACCAAGAGAAAGAUAGUUGGUCAUCCAUCACCAUCCAAAUCUCCCUCCAUCCCAGCUCCCAAACCUGCACUGUCAGACAGACCCUGUGUGGUGGUGCUCAACAAGCCUCUGGAGAAGCUGCUCAUUAGGUAUGAGAAGCUGCCGUUGGACUUCAGGACUCCUUUCAUUUUCAACAUGGAGAACUUUCCUCAGCCCUCCAACAGUUCGGUCCCCCUCAGCAUGGCAGCCAACCGGACCGCCUCCUCCACCCUGGCCUCGCUGUCCCGUUACUUCCUGCACCAGCGCUGGGUGUGGGCCGUGCAGAGCAGCCACGGACUAACCGUGGCCAUGCAGGCUGUCGCUCACAUCCUGUCCAUGCUCUCCGAGAUCCGCAUAUCAGAAGGCUUUCACUUUGCUGCCAGUGGAGAGGGCAUCAUUAACAUGGUGAUCGAGCUGCCAAUGAAGGCCAUGUCGGGGGAUUCAGACAGAGAGAGUGACUCUUGUAUUGUUCAGUACAUCCUGUUUCCACCUCACUGUACAUCUACCAAGGACAGCUUCUCCACCGAUGACGACAACGACACGGAGGUGGAGGCCGUGGACAUGGACACGGAGCUGAACCUGGUAACAGAGUGCUGGGUGGAACCGCAGAGCGGCAUAGUGAUGAACUGCAUGGACCACCAUCGCCACUUCCAGGGCCUCAAGUACCAGGAGAUCCCUCAAGCGAUCUUCCCGAGAGAUCUGGCCUGUAUGUCCACCAUGAUGACCUUUGAGUAUUUGAGCCAACUGUGUCAGAAUAAGGACCAGGUCUGCUCACUGCCAGCUGGACUCAAGGAUGGGCGAGGAGAAGCCCUGGCCUCAGAGGACAGCAUUCACAUGGUUCCCUUCCAGUUUGACCUCAUUCAACUGCUCCCAAAAUGCCAGCAGGUUGAGCUCUUCUUCCUUACAUUCAGUACAGCAGUGGAGACGGAGGAGCAGAUUCACGGCUCCCCCUGUCUGUCCAACGAGCUGCUGCUCAGCCUCUUCCAUAGCAGCCUGGAGCACGAGCUCAGCGACCGAGAGAUCCCGUUAGCCCCCAGCGACCACGGCUCCUUCAUGCACCACAUCUUGGAGCGAGAGCGAGACGGCCACGUUGCUCCUUUCUCCUUACCUGUUAUUAAAGAGGAGUGUGUGAAGCCUCCAGACAAACAGGACACCAUGACGUCAUUCCACACCACUGGCAGCAGCAAAGAGGUGAUGGGAUCUACCAGCACUUUACAGAGUUUCAGUAAUGCAGACCUUGUGGAAGAAGAGCCCUUGCUGGGGGAGAGGAGCUGCUCUGCACCACAGUGGAGGUGCUAUGCCAAGUACAUCAGCUCCCAGCAGAUCAUCCUCACCUUCCUGCCUGCUACCUUCACAGAUGUUUUGAUGUUGAUGGCGUCCGGGCUGGAGACAGAGCCUCAGAGUAACAUCAGCAUGCAGGAGGACGACACUCUGACUCCCGGCCACAAAUCUCAGGCCGACUCCCUGUCCGGCUCCACCAGUGGGCUGGAGAGGUCAGAGUCCGGCCUCAGUCUGCCAAGGAGCUCCAGCAGUGGACACUUAACCACCAGGUCCCCUGUGCUCUCACCGCGUCCCGAGGGACAGACUGGGCUCGCUGAUUCACUAACCCUGGACCAGGACAGCUGGGACAGCAGAGGGUCGGAGACAGAGACCGGGACAGAGACCCCAGGCUCAGAUCUGGGAGAAAAAGAAGGAGUCCAGUUCUCUGAGCCACAGAAGGCCGAUUUUCACAUCAGCUUCAGCAGGCAGGUUUCCCACCAGAGUACCAGUGACAGCAGCCAAUUGAAGUGUCCAGUCUACGUCUACAACUGCUCCCUGGAGCAGCUAAAGGAGCAACUGGUGCACCCCAACUCCAGCCGCCAACCCAGGGACAUCUUCUUCAGAGCUCAAGAUGCUGAAUCCUGCGAGAUGUAUCAGCAGAAGCAGUUCAGGUCCCUGUCCCAGGACCGCAGCAGUCCGUCCCCUUGGACUGACCUCCUGGCUCAGCCUCACAAACACAAGGAGCUCGCCAGCUACUGCAGCCUGCUGCAAGAGCACUACCACCAGAGCUACGUUAAAGGUGUGUACCGCAGCCUGCAGCAGUCCUACAGCAUCAGCUCCCAGGACCUUUUGAUGGCCAUGGACUACUGUGAAGAAUCCCUGCAGGAGAUCGACGUCACCUCCUUCCUGCAGACCCUCUGCGGACACAUCAGGGUCUUCAGGGAGCAAAGUGAGACUCCAGGAAGGGGACGGAAUCCAAAACCUUCAAGGAGCCCUGCCACCUUUAUCAUUGGAGAGGUUGAGGAGGACCGAGCAGAUGACAGGGCUGCCAUGGCCUCCUCGUCCAGUACUGAAAUGGAGGAUGCUGCUGAAGCUGAAUCUAGAGGGAAAUCCUCUCCUCCUACAUCUCCACUGGUCCUGGAUGAGUCCAAGACAGCCAAGAUCCCAGAGUUCCCUCUGACGCUGCUUCACACACAGGCCAAGUGUGAUGUGUAUCCAGAUGUGCGCAACAUAAUACAGGAUAAAUUCAUGGGGAUCGUGUCUCAGUAUUUUAAAACUGUGCCCUCCAAUCCACACUACUUCUUCUACUGCCCGCCUUCAUACAAGAGAGACGAGGACUCUGAGGACGGCGAGAUGGGGAGGAGACCCAGCGAGGAGCUGGUGUCAGAGGCCGAGCCAGCGACUGAGGAUGAGAACUUGUCGGGCUGCUGCAUCAUGACGGAAAGCGACACCGAUUUGGUGGUGGAGUAUGAGGAGCAUCCAGGCACCAGUUCCCACGGAGACGGUGACGACCAGUCCCUGUCAGACUCCAACACUGUCAACCAGGACCAGGACUCCUUCAGCAUCCUGGACGGAGACUCCCUGCUGGAGGCCGAGGGGCCACAGCUGGACAUGCCCCCGCUCUUCGUUCAUGUCACUUGUUCGGCGAAUAUGAAAAGCUGCCACGGCUCCAUGCCCAUACAAACACUACCCACCUGCCUUGGGGAGAUUAUUUCCUUCCUGGAGAAUGCUGAGGCCUUACAGUCUGUGGAUUUGAAUGAGCUCUCGGUCACAUUAGAUAUUUUUGUCCUGACACUGCCUGUGGAGAUUGAAGCCAUGGGCGAUUUCCAUCAUAACAGGUACACCUCAGAGAGCAGUAUGUCCCAGAAUCGUUCACCAGGACAGCCGUCCUCCUAUCGCUCUGAUGAGGAAAUGAUGGUCGUGUUUGACAAUAUGAGGGGGGGAAGCGUUGAUGGGGUCUCUGGUGAUCCCUUAUCCAAACUGCCACUUCCUCACCAGUCAGCAAUCCUGGCCACAAUGGACGAGAUCCGCUGGCUGCUGGAGGAUGAGAUUGUUUCCACGCUGCGUCACUCUCGGGUCAUCAGCUCGGCCACGCUGCAGAAAGUAGCGGAGCAUGUUGUGCGCUCCAGCGGGCGGCCCCACUGUCACUGUGAAGAUGUCCCACUUCAGUUUGUCUUCGGGCCGGAGCAGUCUCUGGAGAAAUUCAAAGAGGAGUUCCGCCGAAUGUCUUUCUCUGGCUACGUGUUGAAUGGAGAGCAGGGCAGCUUCUACUACAUGUCCCUGAGCAGACUGCACAUUCAGCGGAUCCACGCUGCCAAGAGGCUGUCUGAGAGCGCCACCGCCCCCCCACAGCACACCGACGCCUGCGGUGCUGGAGCACAGGUGGAGGACGGGUUGCUGGAGGGUGAAGCAGAGGUCCAGGCAGACAGCGAGAGUGAAGACAAGAAGCCCCCCAGUGUUGCUGCUGACGCACCCGCUGACACAGCAGCAGAAGCCACUCAGCCAAUCAGAGGCUUGAAGCCGGAGGCAGAUGACACGGUUUCCCAGAGCUCAGUCAGCAUGGUGACCCCCCAGCUCCACACUGACCGCUGCACAGAGCCCACCUCCCCCCCCAAGACGCCAUCCAGUGUCAGCCUGGCUGAGUCCAUGCAGUCAGCCUCUCACAGCUGUGGCAAACUCCGGCCGAGUCGAGUCCAGAGCGUGGUCUCCAGCCAGGGCAGUCUGGACUCAGACAUGCAGGGUUACGAUGGCGGCAGCAGUGACUCGGAGUGUGAGAGCCCCACCCUGGAUGAUCAGGAGGGUCAGUCACCGCUGAUGCCUGACUUCUGGCUCAUUGUCAAGAUUCACCAGGACAGAGUGAAGGUCUACUCCCAUUCCAGGUGCUUCACAGAAGGCAAAGAGGCCAGUGCUGAGAUGUUGGAGAAGAAGGAAGAAGAGCAGGAGCCGCCUGAAUACUUACACCUGCAUCAAAUGGUGGUCAGGAAGAUCAGCGAAAUGUGCAGAACAGUCAAUCAGCGUAUGCUUCUGCAGGACCUACACGACAGCCACGUGUGUAACUCUCUGCUGGUGGCUGAGAGUGAGGAAGACAUCUGGAAGAACGAGUCUCUCUACAGGCAGAGGCUCAACACCUCCGACGAUUACAACACAGAAGAGAGCUACCCGGCCCGAGACUACCUGGCAGCCACCAUGCAGUUUAUCCCCGGACAUUUUGCCUGUGACGUGGUGUGGAGCACAAUCAUCCACAUUCACCCACGCCUUAAGAUGGGACCCAGCAACGGGGUAACCCGGGCGAUCCAGGCGCUGCGCUCUGUGCUCAACUCUUUCUGUGUGGUCAACAGGAAGAACAUGUUUGUCUACCAGGAACGUACAACCAAAUCAGUCUUCUACCUCAGACUUUGUGAAACAUCGCUAACAGGGAAAUACUCGGACGUGGAUGGGAACCUCCACAUGACUCGCUCCAUUGGGCUUGCUAGGAGUCAAGAGCCCUUGUUUCCAGAGGAACCUAUGGGCUCCAGGUCUUCUGCGGACAGCUCUCGGCCAGUUGGACAAGUGGACAAACACAUCCUGCUGCUGGUGCAUGGAGUGGGAAAUGCAGGUCCAGAGAUCACAGACGAGCUUGUCAAGGUGCUGCGCAAGCGCCUGGACGAGACCACCUUGGACAUCAUCACGGUCAUGCUGGUCAGGAACUGCAAGCUGACACCAGCUGAUGUGGAGUUCAUCCAGCCAUCAGGAUCUCCAGCCACUGAGGUGAUGAACUUCAGCCUCCCCCAGUAUUGUCUUCCCUGGCUGCCCGCCGUGGCUCACUACCUCAGGCAGAACCUGCUCAUCUUCCUGCAUAUACCCAAGUACACCGACAGCAACACAGCACACCACUUCAAGCACUACUUUCAUUUGAGCAGUGACUUGGCUGAUGGUGAUAUUUACCUCUACAAUAAACCUGGAGGCCAGGGGACGGGAGGCAAAGGUAUCGCCUGCAUUGCCCUCUCGUUUGUGGAUGUCCAUGGUCGUCCCCUUCCGGUUCCACUUCCAGAUUGUGCUGUACUGCAGAGACCCGAGAACUGCUUCACGCCCCUUCAUCUAGACCAUUUUGAUGAGCUGACCGCUGUGGGUAAAGUGGACUCCAUCAGCUCAGAGCCACAGCUGUACGUGCGCUUUGACAUCUGGGAACAAGGCAACGUCAGCCCCUUACAGCUGAGCGAUAAACUGCAGGGGGCGCUGCGCCACGCGCUCUGUGACGUCGUCAUGGAGCUGAAAAUCUUGCCCAAUCCUCUGUGUUUGGGGGUGCUUUGCCCAGCAACCAAAGCUCAGAGAGAAGAGGCUAAAGGGCUGCUGAUUCCUUUGCCCGAGGUGAAGGAAGUGAAGGACAGCCCCAGGCAGAGCAGUGGCUCCCGAGUCUUUAAAAGCUGCCCAGCUCCUAUCACCUUAACCCAGCCUGUAGGGAGCACCUCCGGGACAGGGACCGCCACGCCCGAGUCCACCACACCCACCAGCAAGAGCACCCGCCGCAGCUUCUGGGACAUACUUCAGAGUAAGCCAGAUUCAUCCGAGCUCGGGAGCCCAAAGACAACUGACGACAUAGUGCAAGAAAGAGGAGAGGAGGGCCGAGUAGCACGACGAAGACACAAGACGGAGAACGUCAAGCAGCAGUGGAGCCAGGAGAAAGCUCUGGCUGUGGAGCUGGAGCAGACCCAGAGGAGGCAGAUGUAUCAGCUGGAGGAGGGAGAUGCAGGCACUCUACACCCCGUCUACCAGGUUACCUGCCAGCCAUGGAUCACUUUCAUGGCUAAACUCGGCUGCCCCUCCAUUCAGCAGUGCACGGCUGAAAUGGCUUCGCACUUCCUGCUGCCUUCCAUCUUAGCAGAGAUUGUCAAUUUGGUCAGCUCUCUGGCCAGUGACACGACAGUGAAGGCAUUUGAAAAGACGAGCUGUCCCCGAUCUGGAGACAUGUUUGUACCAUUCCCCCUUGUCCAGAACCUGAGCCAGCCUCCAGACACUACAAGGAGCUUUAUUCUCAUUGGCCGCAAUUUCCAUCAGUGGCACUAUAGCACAGAGCAAGAAGACAGUUCAGAUGAGGAAAACACCCCAGUGCUAAAUAGGUUCACACCUCAUAAGGGCUUCCAGCGCUUCGAGGCUCUGGAGCAGAGUGAUUGGUUCGGUCCGAGCCAGGCCGGGGCCGGGCUGGCUCCCCGCCAGAGGUUCCUCUUCAUCAGCAUCCUGGACAAAAAGGUGACUCUGUACAGCUAUAACUGGUCUGUGGACCUGGGCGCCUCUCUGAACCGUGAGCUGGACCGCCUCGUGAAGUGGCAGAACGCGAGGGCCCAUGUUGUCCACUGCCUGCUCAACCAGAAGAUGGGCCUCUUCCAUCACUACUGCUUCUCUGACGCACCCAUCCACGAAAUGGACUCCAAGCAGGAUCCCAACCCGUUCCUAAGCCCCUCCAUGGAGCCGGAUGCGUUGCUGCGUAGCGCAGUCCCCCCUUUGGCCAGUAAAGAGCAGGGCAGGCUGGGUAGCUCUGGCCGAAGCCUCGCUCCGCUCCACUUCCCCUCCGAGCUGCUUCCCUUCGACGAGGCUCUGAGGGACGUGUGCACCAUCCGACCCUUGAUGGAGGGGGAUGCAGUGGCCCGACAUGGCGGCCAGCUCUUGGAGAUCAAAGCUACGGAGCGGAGGGAACUGGAGAAACAGAUGAAGAUCGAGAACCUGUUUGUGACUUGGCAGCAGAGGUCAGCACAGUCCAACAUGCCCAUUUCAGGGACAGAUUUAGAGACUCUGAAGCAGUCGUCCAGGCUUGUCCACUACUGUGCCACCCCUCUCCUCUUUGACCCCGUCUUCCGCAAGCAGAUCCAAGAAGAACAGAUUGUUCAGCCUCCAGCCAAGAAACGCCAUCGCUCCAGCGACUCCACAGCGUCCGGUCGGGACCGCAGCUACAGCACCGACUCAGCUGACAUGCUGCCCAGCCGGCUGAAGGAAGAACCCUGGCUGCUUGAGAUUUCUAGCAACUUCCUCCAGCAGUAUGUCCAGUACCUGCAGAGCAUGGGCUUCAUUCUUGUCCAGGUCCGACCUCAGUCUCCAGCUCGCAGCAUUGCCCGGGCUCGUGCUGCCAUGCUGAGCUCUAUGUCAUCGGAAGGGAGGAUGUCUUUUUCUUAUGUAAAGCAGAAGAGUGAGGACAGCCCUAAGAUGACAGCCUCUGGCACCACGGCGUAUCACCUCCAGAGGGCGCUGCCAGGGGGCAUCGUGUUGAUGGAACUGGCUUUUCAGGGCUGUUACUUCUGUGUGAAGCAGUAUGCACUGGAGUGUUCCCGCAUUCCCAUGGGCCAGACGGUCAACUCCCAGGGCAGCCUCCUCACCAAACCUCGGUGCAAGCCGUUUCCAGAUGCCCCCCCAGUAUCUGACUGUGCGCUCUCCAUGCUCUUCACUGAGGAGUGUGAUAAGGUGCGGGACUUGAUGCACGUUCACUCCUUCAGCUACGACUUCCACCUGCGAGUGGUUCACCAGUACUUGGUUGGCUGCCACAUGACACUACGCCAGGGCUACCAGCUCACCGACUUCCUGGACGACUUCAUCUCCCAUCACCCGGACAUUCCCAAGUUUGGCCGCAACCACGUCUUCCAAGGGAGCUUGUCCAUCGCCACGGGGAUGAUAACUGCUCAUCAGCUCUACAACUACAUCACGGACCACGCCAGCACCUACGGCAUGAAGCCGCUCCGCAUGUCCAAAGCUGCGGUCGCCACCGACAAGAAAGGGACGCCUGACCUGCACGAGUAUGCACUAGUGGCUCUGUGGAACAGUUCGGGUUCUUACAAGGAUCUGGAGGGCCUGCACCACCAUGAUGACUUUGACGUGUCGCUGGUGGUGUGCCAUAAUGCCGCUCCAUUCGAGGAACAGUCUGACGGGGAGAGGCAUCUGCUAAGGUUGCGGUUCUAUGUGAUCAUGACGAGUCAGAGAGAGCUCUUCCCCCGCCUCACUGCUGACAUGCGCCGUUUCAAGAAGCUUCCUCAGAUCUACCGUGAUCCUGGUGAGCCGGGAGGCCGCCCCCCACCGGACCAGGCCGGGGGGUCACGUGGCGGCGACCAGGACCUCUGGGAGGAAACACCAUCUGAAGCUGCAGCCGCCUUGGCUCCCAGCGACGGCAACGAGUUUUACCCUCUAGCGGGGGCGGGCCCCGAGGCUCAGGGGCUGAUCUACCCCUCCCCUCUGUUCCCACUGCUCCACAACGAGGUGGCGUCGGCCCGCAGACAGAUCCAGGCCAGCGUGGAGCAGGCCAUGGGACACUGCCGCAGGGACAACCUGUGGAGGAGGCUGUUCCACGGAGAGCACCUGGCCCUGGACAAACUCAAGCUGACCAAGCUGUCCUUCAGCGAGCUGGAGGAGCUGCUGGAGGCAGUGCAGAGCCGCUCGGUGGGGGAGAUCGACCCACAACUGGACUGUUUCCUGACCAUGAGUCCGGCCUGGUACCAGAGUCUGAUCAAAGUCCUGCUGAGCCGCUUCCCUCAGAGCUGCAGACACUUUGACGACAACGGCAUCCAGUAUCUGGCUGUUCUGAACCAGAAGUUCACCGACUGCUUUGUUUUGGUGUUUUUGGACGCCCAAGCUGGAAAAACAAGUCUAAAGGUUGUGUUUCGGGAGCCGCUGCCGUCGCAGCAGCCGGCCGGCAGCAGCCCCCCUCCCCAGCUGGUGUCCAUGUAUCAUCACCUGGAAUCUGUCAUCAACACGGCCUGCUACAACCUCUGGACAGGCCUGUUAUAGAGCUGCACGCACCUCCACUCAUACCCAUGUGAUCAACAUCCACAUAUGGAAACGGGAAGCAACAGUAGAGGAAAACCAAGUUUUUUUUCAAUGAGUUGAUUUGGGGUUAGUCUAUAUCCACCAC